CACCAAUAACACGACUAACAACAAUACUUUAAUCACAACAUCAAUUUAAACUUACAAAUUUACCAGAAUGCGUUCUGCCAUCGCUUUCUCUCUCUCCCUCCUUGCUCUUGCUGUUUCCGCAGCCCCGUCCUCUCGGAACGCAGGCAAGGUUACAGUACAACUUUCAAACGAUGUCUCUGGAGCAAAUGGCAACGCCGCCAUUCCCCUCGAUGGAACUCCUGUAGACAUUGGACAGGCUUUCGGACACACCAAUUUGUUCAAAGACGGCACCCUCUUUGUUACCAGCAUUUUCUUCGUUGCCAACUUCCAACACGCCGAAUGCACCGUGGUGAGGAACGGAGUUAAGCAGGUCGCCAACAUCUUCGACCCAGCGAAGGACUUUGAGAGAUUCGCUAAGCAACCUGUGGACUGGGAGCACGGCUUCACAAUCUCCUGCACUUAAACUUAAUCUUUUCAAAGCUGAGGGCUUGAAAGGGAUCUUAGACUGAGGGUCGAUUUAUUCGAUCUUUUAAUUUGCUACGAUUUAAAUACCAGAAGACAUGUGCCCACGUAAUAAUAUAUUGGUGCUUACGGAGCAAUGCUGGGUUAUUGGAACCAUACGGAGGAAGCGCUUGACCCAAUUGUUAUUUAGUCGCUCCUUAGAGUAAUUAAUAGGCCUAUAUGAUUAUCUAUUUACACACACAUUGUGUUUAUAAUACACCGC